GUGAAGAUGGCGCUGGACUCAUAUCACAGUCACAGCGAUGUGUGUGAUUAUUACAGCAGAAACAUGAGCAAUAAACCUGAUGUGGUGCCGUGUGGAGUCACCGAGCGCAAGAUAAACGCGCCCUCAGAUAAGCCCGACAUGGUGGUGCUCGAUGUCAUUCACAUAAAGGACAUAAAGGAUGUUCCGGGUCACAGAAAGAAACAUGAAACGGACACAUAUGUGCUGGGCACGAUUCAUCCCUUCCGUAAAACUCACCGCUCCGUCCUGGGGAAGUUUGCUCAGGAGUUUAGUCUGGUCACAUCUGACAGACGGUCGUGGCGUAUUCUUCUGUUUGGUGUGUUGAAUGUGAUGUGCACCGGAUGUCUGCUGAUGUGGUGCAGCUCCACCAACAGUAUGGCCUUAACUGCAUACACGUACCUCACCAUCUUCGAUCUCUUUAGUCUAAUCACCUGUUUGCUGAGUUUCUGGGUGACUAAGAAGAAACCCAGUCAAGUCCACUCUUUUGGGUUCGAGCGUUUUGAAGUGCUGGCAGUGUUUGCAUCUACAGUGCUGGUACAGUUGGGUGCUCUCUUCAUCCUGAAGGAAAGUGUUGAGCGUUUUGUGGAGCAACCAGAAGUGCACACGGGUCGUCUGCUUGUGGGAACAUUUGUGGCUUUAUUUUUUAAUCUGCUUACUCUGCUCUCGGUCAAGAACAAGCCUUUCGUCUUUGUGUCUGAAGCUGCGAGCACCAGCUGGCUUCAGGAGCACGUCGCUGAUCUCAGCCGAAGUUUGUGCGGCCUCAUCCCGGCAUUGAGCAGCGUUCUCUUGCCCAGAAUGAACCCAUUUGUGCUGAUCAACCUCGCUGGAGCGUUUGCUCUGGGCAUCACAUACAUGCUCAUCGAAAUCAAUAAUUACAAUGCAAUGGACACAGCAUCUGCAGUCGCGAUUGCUCUCAUGACGUUCGGUACCAUGUACCCCAUGAGUGUGUACAGCGGUAAAGUGCUGCUUCAGACAACGCCCUCUCAUCUGAUUGGUCAGCUUGAUAAACUGCUCAGAGAGGUGUCUACACUGGAUGGAGUUCUUGAAGUGAGGAAUGAGCACUUCUGGACCAUUGGCUUCGGAUCUCUGGCUGGUUCCGUUCAUGUGCGCAUUCGCAGGGACGCGGAUGAGCAGAUGGUUUUGGCUCAUGUGACAAAUCGUCUGACCACGCUGGUGUCAACUCUGACUGUUCAGAUCUUUAAAGAGGACCGGAAGCGUCUCUCACUGACCACCAGCGCUCUCACGAGCGGAUCUCUCAGUCUGUCCGAGUAUGUGAGUGCCUCGACCUCCAAACAUGCCGAGACAAACCCGGCCACGUCUACACCCGCAAAGCAGAGCAGCCCUCCGCCCGAGUUCUCCUUCAAUACGCCCGGACGGCACAUUCAGCCUGUCGUGUUUCACGAGGCGCAUCAGCACAGGCCCUAUAAUGCACCCCUUACCUAUGGGACGUCACUGUACAGCAGCGCGCUCCAGCAGGGAUUCACGCACCCCACUGGUGCUCCCGGGAUGAGGCUGGGCUUCGGGAUCCCGUCUGUUCAGGGGUACAGGACUCUGAGUUCAGCACCCCACAGAUACAGCAGCAGUCUGCAGCCGUCACACACUGACCAACACAGACCCUGAUCACAUGAUCUGAUCACCCUGAGCUCAUGUUACUCUAUUCAUUUUAAUGGGACCAAGAGCAGAAGUUAUGGAUGGUUUUCCUGUAUUCAUUAUGUAUUAAACUGAUAUCUUUCAUCAUUAUUUCAUCUUAAGAGAAGUUGAAUGAAUCUUAUGUUACACUAUGAAUUACUUCACCAAACAUCUGUUAUUUUCUGCUUUAGCAAAUACAAAACACAUUUUAUUAAAUCGUAUUUCCAUACACAAAUAACCUUGUGGUUGAAGUACUGAAAAUAGCUAAAUACACAAAAACAAUAUCACUGCAUUCUGAAGAAAAUAUUACGUUGAUUUUGCUAUGAUUCUCCUGAUCUUUCUGAUAUUCCGCUGAUGGAGAAUUGUACAGUUCGUCCAAUAGUUAUUUGUUCAUUCUAAACUUAGCCUCACUUUUCAAAUAUAAAAAUAUAAAAAAUGACCGAGACUUUCAUGUUAAUGAACAUAUUACUUUAGCAAUCACAUCAAGCUUUAUUAUUCAACAUAUCUUUCAAUGCAAUUAAAAAAUGAUUGGAUGUUGUAAACGUUUUAUUCAUUUGAAGUAGUGCUGCAGCUGAUUAUUUUGAUAAUUGAUUCAUCUGUCCAUUAUCUCUGAGAGGAUGAGGCUAUACAUUGUGUACAGAAAGGUUUACACAACAAGACAAUUUUGUCCACUCCAUUAUAAAUGUCAAAAAACCAAAGCACAAUUGAAGUGUUACCUGCUAAGAGCAACAGGUGUCUGUAGUCUAAUGUGUUUAUUCAAUAAAUAAAAGAGCUGUUAUAAUCCCUGGACAGCUACUGUUGUUAUAAAACAUGUU